GGACCAUCAGGAUAUCCCGGGAGAGCUCUGCUACCGCUUCAUGUUGGAUGGCUUUUGGGCAUACUUACGGUCCUUCUGUGCUCUUACUCUGUCUGCCCUGUUGUUUCCGGUCACAAGCAGUGCUGGAUUCGAUCAAAGUCAUGCGGUAACGGAGUUCAAAGAGACAUAUCGUAGCCAGUCAUCGGACAUUUCUGUGACGGCGACAAUGGAGAUGUUGCGAGCAAAAGACUACUACUUUUGUCUCCUGGGGUUUCCUGUAUGUAUAUAUAUAUACCGACCCUCCCAAUCUGAUUUCAACUCCGAAACAUUCAGCAUCUGUUCAAGCGCCGAGGAUGCUUGAGGGUUUUUCAAGAACUACGUGGACCAUUCAUCUGCAAUGCUCAGUGACGAAUUCGAUUGAAUUCGGGCCAGAGACGCGAGGGUCAACAUGCAAUAAUGAAUUUUCCGGUGCUCAAAUCGACAUCGCCGCUUGCCACGUCACCCAUGGACAACGUCAGUUGCGCUUCAGAUGCAGCUGUUGGGCCUUACCCGCCUCGUGAGUAAUUUCCCCGGCCGGUUCGAGCAGCUUACAUACAAGCAGAGUAUGAGGGAUCUACAUCAUCUUCCAGGGACACAGGCGUCGCCGAAAACAAAUGGGAUUAUUCUGAUGAAAUAGCGGGAAGGGGUCGUUUUCUCAUUUAUUUGAUCUCGCCAGCCUCGGGCUCGUCAUCCACCUUGGCC